AUGUCUUAUGUUGUAACAGGUGCAACUGGUCAAGUAGGUUCAACUGUCGUUGAUUAUCUUCUCAAACAAUCCGUUCCUGUUCAUGUUGUUAUUCGAUCUGCAGCCAAAGCAGAAUCAUUCAGAUCACGAAAUAUUCAAGUGACGAUUGCCGAUUUAACUGAUGUCGAAGGAUUAACGAAAGCAUUUGAAGGUGCAAAAGCUGUUUUUGCUAUGAAUCCACCUGCUUAUGAGAAACUUGAUAUGCAAGCUGUAGCAACUAGUGUUAGUAAUGCAUUAGCUUCAGCUAUCAAAGCAGCAAAAGUUGAACGUGUCGUUGUUUUAAGUUCAAUUGGUUCAGAAAGAAGCUCAAAAACAGGAUCUAUAUAUACAACACAUAUAUUAGAAGAAGCGUUAAAAGAAAGUGCUUCACAAGUAGUCAUGAUUCGAGCUGGUAGUUUUACAGAGAAUUGGUUAAGUGCUGUUUCUGCUGUUAAAGAUGGGCAUUCACCAGUGCUUGGUUCAGUAUUUCAAAAAUUAGAUCAAAAAAUUUCACAUGUUGCUACAAAUGAUAUUGGUCGUGUUGCUAGUGAAUAUAUGCUUAAAACUAAAGGUGAUAUUAAUGGCUUAGUUAUUGUUGAAUUAGAAGGACCUGAAUUAUAUAGUCCAAAUGAUAUUGCAAAAGUGGUUAGUGAUGGCUUAGGAAAAUCAAUUUUAGCAUCUGCAAUGUCAGAAGAAAUGAUGCGAGAACUUUUUAAUAAAUUUCAAUGGCCAAAGAAAAAUGCAGAUGAUUUUAUUGAAAUGGUGCAAGGAUUUGAUGAUGGUACUAUUUGUUGGACAACAAAUGAAAAAGUUAUUCGAGUCAAGGGUAAAGUUACCGCUGCUGAUGUUCUCAAGAAGGUUUUAAACUAA